CUGGAUUUCCUUUGUGUUCUGUGGUUUGAGCAGGACAAAGCUGUUCUGACAGCAAGCAGCCUGAUGCCAUAUCACUCGGUGUUCCAUACCAGUGAUCAAUACAUCCAGCAGCCAUGACAAUAUCUGGAUCCCAGGUCCUCAUCCUUUUCCUAAUCCUCAGCUCCCUCUCACCCUUGUUUUAUUACAGCUUUUUAGGCCAUAAAUUGUAUGUGCAGCAGUAUCAUCGUGUUUUUCAGAAAAACAUCAGCAUCCUGCUGUGGCACUGGCCGUUCGGCCGCUCCUAUAGACUCAAUGGGAAUAAAUGCCUUACAAUGUACAACAUCAGCCACUGUUCCCUCACUGAUAACACCUCCACCUUCUCCACUGCUGAUGUUGUUGUGUUCCACCAUCAGGAGCUGAGCAGUGGUCUGUCAUCUCUGCCCCUGCACCUGGAUCGCCCUGCUUCUCAGCACUGGGUGUGGCUCUCCAUGGAGCCUCCUGUCAACAAUGCAAACCUCACACAGUUCAAUGGCCUCUUCAACUGGACGAUGAGUUACAGACAUGAUGCAGAUAUAUUCGUCCCAUAUGGAAAAACCAUGCUGGAACGUGAGGACAUAGGCUUUCAGGCUGCGCCAAAUCGCUCCUGCCUUGUCAGCUGGGUGGUCAGCAAAUAUCGGCCUCAGCAGGCCCGGGCUGUUGUUUACCAAAGUCUAAAGAAGUAUAUACCCAUAGAGGUGUAUGGCAAAUGGAACAAGAAGCUUCUACCUGACAACAAGCUGCUGCCAACUAUUGCAAACUGUCUGUUUUACCUGUCUUUCGAAAACUCUGAAGCAAAAGACUACAUCACAGAAAAGCUCUGGAGGAACGCUUUCCAAGCAGGGGCCAUACCGGUGGUUCUUGGCCCAAGAAGGGCCACCUAUGAGGCUGUUGCUCCCCCUCAUUCCUUUAUUCAUGUUUCUGAUUUCAAACACACAGCAGAUCUAGCUGCCUAUCUGAAACAUGUAGCUGCAGACAGGCAGACCUAUGAGGUGUACUUCCAGUGGCACCACACUCACAGAAUCAAAAUCUACACUGAUUGGAGGGAAAGAUUGUGUCAGAUCUGUGUAAAGUAUCCCAGUUUACAAAUCAAUAAAGUCUACCAGGACCUAGAGAGGUGGGUUAAUAGUUAAGAUUUUACCUCUUCAUGACUUCAGGCCAAUGAUCAAUGAUAUGUUUUGAUUGGGACUGCUGAUACGACUGGUUUAUCACACACAAAUGGAAAAUUCAAUAGAGAGACAGUUUGAUGUAAACGUGCCUUGUUCAGCAGUGCAGUCUUGGUAAACAGAGAGGAACUGCAAACCACAAAAACUAUUCACAAGUGGGUGGCUGGGUUGGCUGUGCACUGUACGAAAAUGCAGAAGAGGGAACUUGUGUGUAAGCAUAAAUGAGCAUGUCCAUUUGUUUUAACCAUGAUGGCAAGUUUCUCUUUACGGCAUUACUUUAUAAGGAAGACACUUGCUUCUCUUUAUUUGAAUAUAUUGUGCAUGUCUGCUUAGUUCCUCAGUGUCCUUCAAACAACAACAAGCUUUGGUUAAGUUUGGACAACUAAAAGUACUUAAUUCAGCAUAACCAACUUUAACUGGAAGGAGAUGAUAAUAACAUUGUUUGUAUAGUAUUUUCACAACAUAGUUCUUAAGCACUUGGAAAAAAGGGCGUAGAUUGUAAAUUAUUCAUAUGGUAAAAAUUAAAUCCAGUAUGUCAUAACAUAACAGAAUAUGGACCACACUGUAAACAGUAUUAUUACACAGUUAAAGUGCCAUUACAAGUGUGCAUUCUUGUAGCCUACUGUUGGGCUUUUCCCAACAGAAACGUCUUGAAGCUAAACUGUAAGGUUCUGUAAGUGAUUUAGUGGUUGUAGCCUCUUUCUCAGACUUUCUUUUUUCCUCCCUCACACAACUACUUUCUGUGAUAACAACUGAGUGCAAGCCAGGAAUGCUUCACGGGAAACUGUCUUGGUUGUUGCAUGAGCCACAUGGAAACAACAGGACAGACAAUGAGAAGUGAUUGUUCAAAAUUAUUAUUAAAACCGUUAUCAACAAUGCCAUUAGAAGAUGUUGGAAGAUAUUACAUACAAACUAAUUUGUUUAAACAUACUGAACCUAUAAUGUGGUUAGCAAGUAGGUAGGUCGGUAGGUCCCAGCUCUCCCUUGAAGUAUAUUGUGAGUCUAUGUACAUACUGAAUACAGUGACACUGAUGCUAUUUCCAUGUGCAGCAGAAUAGCUUAUAUAUUAUUAUUAUUGUUAUUAUUAUUAUUAUUAUUAAUAAGAGUGGAAAGUUAAACCUUCGAAAAAAUAUCAGAUUUACCUGAGUGUCUUCUGAAUUCAAGGAAAUGUGACCUUUUGUACAAAGGACUUUACAUCAUCAGUGCCUCUAAUCUGCUUCAACUGAGUGCUAACCUGAAAAAGUUCAGCAUCUGAAAUUAUUUUUAUAAGUUCACAUCUGCUCAAAACAGUGAGUUAGGCAUUGUUCCUUCUCUUGGAUGUUAAGCUUCACUGUGCAAAUUUGUAUAUAUUAUGUAUUUGCAGCAUGCUUCUGUUUUUGGUUGUUUUCUCACUUUGCAGAAUUUUUCUUAGUGCUGUAUGUGUUGUGAAGGUAGUUUACUUGUGUUUUGCCUAUUUAUUUUGUUGUUUUCUUUUGUUAUGGACUCCUCUGGAGCCUCCAGCUCCUGCUUAGUCCACUCCCCUGCUGUUUUUCACACACACACACACACACACACACCCCUCUGGACAUCCUCCAGUUAACAACUGCCAGCUGUUCCCACUGUGCAGUCUCCACUCUCACUGCACCACCUGGCGGCUGGUCAGUACAGGACGCAGGGGUGCUGCUCCAUUACUAAUUACCAGAUAAAAAGUAGUUCUCAAACUCAAUAUUAAAUUUGAAUUAAUUACAACAAAAUAACAAUAAAAUGAAUAUUAAUGUUCAUAUUCUUUUGCCAUGCUAACAAUACUUGUAUUAACAGAUUUAAAUUAGUCUUGGACUAAUUUAGUCCUGGACGCGGGGCGCCGACCAAAUGAGUGUGUAUGUAGCUCGACAAACUUUUCAUGAUCAUGUGACCUUGGUUCGGGCUCAGAGUGGCAGUUGCAGAUUUUCUCACGGGGCGCAGCUCAGUGAGAUCCUCCCACUUUUGCUGAAAGCCAAUUGAUUUUUGUCUUGAUUUGCGUCUGUCUUCUGUGGUUGGAUAUCAAAACGGUCCUUUGACGUUCUUACGACUGCGCUUUAAAUACAUAUCUGACAGCGGAACACAGCUUUUCCCCUCCUCUUCUACUAGACAACAGCUACUGUCGUGAUGGCUUAAUGCAUUGCCCAUGCUGUCACUGGAGAAAAGGCUGAGUGACUAAAACCAAAAAGUAGUAGAGAAGUCUGCAGAGCAGUAAGAGAGAAGAGGCUAAUUGUUGUUCAAAGAGUGUUUUUCCAUCAUUUAUGUUGUGUGUUUUGAAUUUGUACAGAUUCUGUUGAUAAAAGUUUGAUGAGUGGUUUUAAAAUUCAGUGCCGUUUAAUCUUAACAGUGCUAAAUUAGAUUAUGAUUAGGUUGUGCCUGAUAUUAUUCAUACUCUAAUUUCUGAUCCCCCACCAAAAAUUCUUAUACCAGCUGCCACUGUCAGCCUAUCAAUUGCCUACCUGCCCACUGACCUGUAAUUCAUCUGCUCAUCCACACUCUGCAUAUAUACCAGUCCGUUUACUGUGCUCUUUGCCAAAUCGUUGUUUGUCCUCUUGCCUGCUUUGUAUACUGAUUGUAUGUAUUGCCUGUCCUGGAUUUUGACCUGUGCCUGCUUCUCUGGAUCUCUGCCUGAUGGCUUUGUAGCUCUGCCUGUUUGGACUGAUUACUGGUUUUGUACUUUGGAAUGGAAUGUAGUACUGUCUGCCCAAGUAAAGUUACCAGUUAUGUCUUA